GUGGACAUCAUAAACGUCAGGUUGUCAAUAAUAAAGGAAAAUACUGGCGAUACAGGAAGAUCUCGACAAUGAGUCAUACCUCUAUCAGAAUAAUAACGAAUUAUUGCAGAGGGAAUUGAGACACGAAUGAGGUUCUGUUCGUUUAAUUGGAUAAAAUGGAAAAAGAAAGGUUCACAAUGCUCCUCCUGGAGCCCGGCGAGAUAUUCUUCGAAGAUUACAGUGUCAGAAUGAAGCUGGAUGGUGAUUCAGACAAGGAGGAAAGCCAGUGGAUGGACGGAAGAUUAAAAUUGUGCUCCAAGUCCCUGGUGUUUGUCAAUAAAGACAUAAACUGGCCGCUCCUGAAGCUGCAGUUCAAGGAAGUUGUGUCAGUUGAGAGUACAACUAUCAGGGAAAUAGGAGGUGUUCUGUCCGCUGUUUGCAAACAGUACACGGAGAUGUUGAAAGGAAAUAUACUGGAGCCUUACAAAUUUGUGCAUAAGAGGGCACGAUUUUACAUAUCAUUCAAUUACGCGAAUCCUGAAGACUGCCUCCCCCAGAUUAUGCAGCUAUUGAGAGCUGCUACACUGCCCACUGCCGAACAUAAUGCGAUGAUAAUGACAAUAGUUCACUCAAGACAAUCGCGAUUCUCAUUCGACACCUCUUGGCUCGAGGACCUGUACGAGAAUAUAAUUUUCGAAGUGCAGGCGAACAAAAUUCAGCCGCUGAUAGUCAAUCCCGGGAGAGUAUUACUGACCAAUUCGAGAAUUUAUUUUCAACCGUACAAUAACCUGGAUCAACAUCCAGUUCUCAAGAUCAAUCUGAAAGCGGUUAAAAGUGUUCUAAAACGUCGUUUUCUCCUGCGCCAAGUGGGGUUGGAGAUAAAGUGGUUGAAAUUGCCGGAGGGUACAGUCGAGUGUUUAUUUCUGUCUGUGAAGAAUCAGGAGGAUCGCAACAGAUUGUACGAUAAUUUGAUGAGACAGUCCGCCCUGCAGUUGGAAACAGUGCCACAGAAUCAAAUGACUAUUCAGUGGCAAAAUCGGGGACUUUCUAAUUAUGAUUAUCUUUUGUAUGUUAAUAGUCUCGCAGAUCGAACUUUUCACGAUUUAACUCAAUAUCCAGUGAUGCCCUGGAUCCUCCAGGACUACUCGUCUCCGGAUCUAGACUUGAAUGACCCAAAAAAUUAUAGAGAUCUCACAAAACCUAUUGGAGCUCUAGAACCUGAGCGACUAGAACGGUUAAAGGAAAGAUAUCUGGAAAUGUCAAAUAACAAAUUUCUGUACGGCUCCCACUACAGUGCCCCUGGCUUCGUAUUAUUCUAUUUAGUCCGGAAAUACCCUCAGUACAUGCUUUGCCUUCAAAACGGACGAUUCGACCAUCCUGAUCGGAUGUUCAACAAUGUGGCUGACGUCUGGAAAAAUGUAUUGGCGAAUAUGUCUGACUUUAAAGAGCUAGUGCCCGAGUUCUAUGAUACCACAAAUGGUGGGGAUUUCCUGGUGAACAAGUAUGGAAUUGAUUUUGGAUAUCGAUACAACGGGGAGAAAGUCGGGGACGUCCAGUUGCCACCAUGGGCUGAAGGACCCGCCGACUUCGUACAAAAGUUGAGAAACGCUCUAGAGAGUGAUUACGUGUCACAGAACCUCCACCACUGGAUUGAUCUUAUAUUCGGAUAUAAACAGAGAGGGGUAGAAGCCGAGAAGGCCGAUAAUGUGUUUUUCCAUUUAUGUUAUGAGGGAGCGGUGGAUCUAGACACAAUACAAGACAUAAACGAUCGUCACGGUAUGGAAGUCCAAAUAAUGGAAUUUGGACAAAUUCCUAAGCAAGUUUUUACUCUGCCACAUCCGAGCCGAUUUCCCUCCACCGGAAGUUUAUCCUGUGAUACACCACUUAGCUGUCCGGUUAUCGUGACCGGGGGAAAACGAUUCAGUAAAGAGACUCCGAUAUUUGAGUUGAGUCAAUCGGUGGUAUUUCCCUCCCACAAGGAGACGAUAUCCACGAUCAUUCAGAUGAACGGCGAUGGCAGUGAUAUUGCUUCAGUCGGGCACGAUGGAGUUCUGAAGAUAUACUCCCUGACGAACCAAAAACUCACCAGGAGCAUAUCCCUUUCGAAUUUACCCCUCUCUUCCUGUAUUUUCUAUCAGACGAAGAGUGGACAGAAUGUGCUCGUCGUUGGCUCUUGGGAUAAUAGUCUGAUUUUUUACGAUGUGGAAUUCGGAAGAAUAAUCGAUGUUCUCACUGGUCACGAGGACGCGGUUUCUAGUUUAGCGUGGAGUCCCUCCAGGAACAUCAUCGUUUCCGGAUCGUGGGAUUGCACUGUUAAAAUAUGGCACAGCUAUGUUUCGGGGUUAAAGAUUAAGCUCCAGGAGAGCCUCAUUGCCCAGUUGGAUCAUGAGUCCAAGAUCACGUGCCUCAGUAUUUCAAGAGAUGAACGAUUGUUGGCAUCUGGAACUGAAGAUGGGGAAAUUUGCAUCUGGAAUAUGGAGACUUAUGAUCUGGAAUUUUCUAUCAAAGGAUAUGGAGGGAAAGUAACAGCUACAACCUUCGACUCAGAGUCCAAAAACAUCAUUGCUUGUACAAAUGACAAAACAGUAAAUGUUUUCGAUGCUGAAACGAGCACUCGAAUAUAUAGUACUUUGUUGGAGGAUGGACCAAUGGUUCUCAGUUGGUCGGGCUCAAUUUUACUCGUUGGAGAUGACAAGGGCAAUGUCAAUCUGUGGGACUCACAGGAAGCAACUUUCUUGGCGAAAAAAUUCUGCCAUGAUGGACCAUUAACGGCAAUAACAACCACCAUCGACAAUAAAAAAAUAAUAACCGGGGGUAACGAUCGGAGAAUAAUCGUCUGGAGCUGUGAUUAGGAAUGAUGAGGGUAAAAUUUUCAUCGUACUAAAUAUCAUAUUAUUGUUUGGAGAAAAUGAAGGAUAUCGAUUUGAAAUUCUAAAGGUAUAAUUGGUUGAAGAAAAUAAAACGUAUUAUUUUUUACACAA